AUGAGUGAGGCAAAGGAAGUACAAGUGCCCCUUGGUCAACAUUUUAAGCUUAGUUCAGAACAGAAGCCUAAAACCAAAGAAGAAGUGAGGUUCAUGGCUAACAUACCAUACUCAAAUAUAGUUGGUAGUAUCAUGUAUUGCAUGAUUUGCACCAGACCUGAUUUGUCACAUGCAAUAAGUGUUACGAGCAGAUAUAUGAGUGAACCUGGGAAGACUCAUUGGGAAGCAUUGAAAUGGAUUCUGAGAUACAUGAGAAAAACUUCUGAUUUUGGAAUCCUAUUUGAGCAGACUAAUGAAAGUCAAAAGUCAGUACUAAUUGGUUAUGUUGAUUCGGAUUAUGCAGCAAAUGUUGACACCAGAAAGUCACAAACGAGUUACAUCUUUACUCUUCAUGGUGCAGCUAUGAGUUGGAAGUCUGUUCUUCAAUCUGUGGUGGCUCUCUCCACCACAGAAGCAGAAUGCAUGGCACUAACUGAAGCAGUGAAGGAAGCUUUGUGGCUCAAAGGGAUUCUAAAUGAGUUUGGAAUUAGACAAGAAAGUGUGGAGAUUAGAUGUGAUAGUCAGUCUGCUAUACAUCUAGUCAAGCAUCAAGUGUUUCAUGAGAGAAGUAAACACAUUGAUGUUAGAUAUCAUUUCAUAAGAGAUGUGGUUGCAGAAGAAAAAGUGAAGGUGGCUAAGGUUGGCACUGAAGACAAUGCAUCGGAUAUGUUAACAAAAGCACUACAUUCAUCCAAGUUUCUGCAUUGCCUGGAUCUUGUGAAAGUGCUCAAUAAGCAGCAUUGA